GCCUCUCCGAACUAUGUCGAACUAACCUUGGGAUAGUAUAUCAUACCUAACAAGUGUAUCCCUUCGGAUUUGCUUAUUUUUGUCCAUAUAUAAAACCCCGUUGCAUUCCAGUUGCAUCUGCAAUUUCUGUCUAUUGUACUUUCAAUUCCAACUCAACCUCACCUUAUAAACGCUUCUGCAUUUGUUUGCUGCAGUUGGAAAGAAAUUUACGACGUGGGGGAGGGAUGGAGACCGCGGAGCUCGCGAUCGCGAUCAUAAAACGCCAAACUGACAGCGGUAAAAAGAUGGCCCCCUAAUUGAGUCGCGUUCGGUCACAAUCAACAGGUUGCCAAAUUCCAGUCCGUUCUAUUUUUACGUUUUACCUUUAGUGUUAGUGUGCAUACAAUUGGUGAAACACAGCACGAUCAAUUGCGAUCAAGUAAAGUGUAGUGAAUAGUGUCGUUUGCCCUAGUGUACGCGAAGUGUUUUCCCUUUGCCAAACACAUCACAGUGUUAUGCGUCGACAGUUUUGUGUGUGUGUGUGUGUUAGUGGUGCUUACAUGAUCGAAAAAUAAUGAUCGCCAAGGGCCACUUGCUGCGGUUGUUCCAUCGACGUCAGCGAAGCUGCUUUUGGUGGCUGUAGUGUAUGUGAAAAAAGAGCAUUUUUAAAGGGCCUUCCUAUUCCGCUGCUCUAGGCCACUGGAAACCUUUAUUGGCAUGCUCGACAUCCUUAUGCAUAGUAAUAAGCAAAGCCCUACCAGUGCUACAGCAAGAGCUACACAAAUGAGGAGUGGAAGUUGAAACGACGGUGCGAGUGCAAUUGUUUACAUACGAUCCCGCGCGGGUGGUUGUGCAAGGUGAAGCAAUCGCAUCAUGUUAACGCUACUGACGGAAUUACGGUUUUGGUCCACCAGGGAGGACAUCAUCAUCCAGGAUACGGAUCUCGGAACGACAAAGUACUGUGAGAAAAAAACUGAAUCCAGCCGAAGUCUCCUGAGCGAAGGAAAGCGAAGCUACUGCGAAUCGAGGGGCCUGAAAUGGAGCCUGGACAACAAAAAGCCAAACAAACUGCGGCAUUCGCUGCGACUGCUGGAGGAUGAACUUCGCCAAAAGCGGCUUGUGUACUGCAAAUGGAAGAACAACGUACUACUGCAGCUAAUGCUCGCGAACGGGCUACUGGUGCAUCUGUCGAUAAAUCCAUUCACCGGCGAUAUCAAUCGGAUCUACUUUGAUAAGUAUCUGAUUGGAAAGCUGAUUUCGGAACACAUUACCGAUGUGGUCAUUACGCAAAACCACAUUCUGGUGGCGUACAAUGAAAAUCAGAUCACCUUUGUUCAGUUACAAAAACCGACCGCGCGGAAAAAUAAUCUCGAAAAGAUCAGCCUGAUGGACCCGAAGAUCUACAACGUGUUGCUGAGCGGUACCGGCUCUACGACACGCAAAGUACCGAAACGGUUGGUCUGCAGCAGCAGCCUGAAUUUGGUUAUCGUGUGGACGAAAUCUUCCCAGAACGAGGUAUACCCAUGGCGGCCAACGGUAAAGGAUCAGGAUCGAGCGAAUCUGCACGUGUACAAGCUGAACGGUGCACGUAUGGAACUGCUCUGCUACUAUUGGACGGAGUACGAUCCGAUUUCGGUGGAAUUUUCACUGAUGAACGACUACCAGGUGCAUUGUGUGGAGCAAAAAAUUUCCAAAAAGGGCGAAGUAACGAUCGACAGCUGCAUCUACCAGAUUAAUAAAACAAAAAUGCGACGAGUUGCCGUCACUUCCAUUCCACUGCAAACGCAGGUUUGCUGCAACGCACUGAGUCCCGAUCAUGAAAAGCUCAUGCUCGGUUGCAUUGAUGGUUCGAUCGUACUUUUCGAUGAGGGCCGCGGUAUAACACAUCUCGUAAAAGCCGCUUUCAUUCCUACGUACGUUGCCUGGCACAGUGACUCAUCGGUGGUAAUGAUCGCCAACGAAAAGUGCCAACUGCAGUGUUUCGACAUUGCACUAUCCUGCGUGCGGAUGCAGCUGCUUAGUGAGACGCAAGACGGUAUCCCGUCCGGUACGUUCGAUUUGUCCAACUACUUUCUCGGCCAUCAUGCACCAUCCAUUCAGUUGGGACGGCUUAGCUGGAGCAAAAAACCGGAACUGAUUAACCAUGGCGAAAAGUAUGCCACGACAGAUUCUUUCCUGUUCUGUGCCUUUGAACAGGGACCAUUGGCCUGCAUCCGAGUAGUGGGUGGAUCCGGCCUGAAAGGUGACGUACACACUUCCGGUCUCACAGCGGACGUUCUCGUGCACAAGUACAUAUCACUGAAUCAGGUGGAAAAAGCGAUCAACAUUUUGCUCAGCCUGAACUGGGAUACGUACGGGGCCAUGUGUUUGCUGUCGUUGCACCGGAUAGCGAAUUAUAUUUUCAAGCAACCGUUAGGCACGGAAAGGGAACUGCAGCUUCAAAAGGCACUCGGGAGUUUUCUCAUUCCUGUGAAAUCGUUGUGCUACGAAACGGAGCUUGAGUUUGGUGAUCAGGUGAACGAUAUUACGCUAAAGUUUUUCCACUAUCUACUGCGCAACAAAUCGUACAACAAGGCGUUCAGUUUGGCCAUCGAUAUAAAUGAUGCGGAUCUGUUUCUUAAACUGCACGACAAAGCGAAGGCGGAUGGUGAUAUGGAGCUGGCCAGGGAGGCUCUUAGGAAGGUAGACGAUAUAAAUCGGAUAUGCACCGAUCGGAGUGAUAGUGAGCAUUCACUAUGUUCAAACUCGUCCUGUUCCUUGUGUGCGGACAGUUUCGAUGAUGAUGAUGAAUAUGAGGAUGACGAUCGAGAAAAUCGAGUUGACGAUGAAGAAGAAAUUGUUGAUGAAGAACAAAGUCUCGAAGAGGGAGAAGACAACAGUAGUCGUGGUGAGGCAACACGUAGUGUUAAUGGUUUAAAUGGCGUUUACCAGAACAGAAGAACUGAAAGGCCUGUGUCGGAAAAGCCACGGUCUGACCAGAAACAGCAUUUUACUAAUGAAGUCCGAGAGAAAAGCUUCCGAACGUUCUCAACUUCCUCUGGCUCAUCAAAGUCCUCCCAGAUCCAACGAUGGAACGUUGAUCAUAACGAUCGCACAAAGCCCAAAUCAUCUCUUGCACACCCUCCGCUGCCGAAAACUGGCGAACAAUCUUCCAAAUCUGUCCUUCCGAAGUUUGACACUUCACCAAGUAGCGCUAGCAGUAGGCAGGGCAAUAAUUCUAAACCCACCACACAGCAGGAUAACUUCUUCGCUCAUCAGGAUAGGCCUCCGCUGCCGUACGUGUCGAAAAAACCACCCCAGAGCAAACCGCUGGCACCGCCACCUUUUGCCAUGCAGCGCAGCCAAACGGCUAUGGCGCUUAAACUGUCCAAACAACAGCAGUCUCGGAUUGCGGAAUCAAAAUUGAAAGGAAAAUCAUUAAGCUCCAGCAAUUUGUUGCUGUUGGACGAUAGUCCUUUAUCAUACGCCCACCCAUCUUCUGGUAUGGCAGCCCUUGGUCCCGGCACACGAUCACGACAAAUUGUAAAUCCCCGUGAAAAGGUUGCAAAAUAUUGGCAAGCAAACAGCUUGUCAAUGGAUCAACUAAAUGCUGCAAAUGGUAUGACAAAUCGUGGCGGUCCUUCGCCAAUGGUUUUACCCCAUUAUACGGAAUAUGGCGAAACGACGCUAGGAAACAGUCGCACAAGUGUUUUACCUCCUCCAUACCAUCACCACCAUCAGGACAAUCCUCACCAAACGCCAUCAGCCCAGCAGCACAUUGUAAUUGACGUCGUUCCUAAACCUUCCAUCAAUGGUUCGUUUCCUGGCGGGCCUUUAUCGCCGUAUGGUUCGCAGUCAUUAGCCGGCGUGUUGCUACCAGGAUCGUCACCAAACAUACUCGAUCAAACGAUCGGCAUACCGUUAGUACAAGACGAGCCGGAUUUCAUCCGACGAACGGGAGGUACUCGUAAACCUCCGCCACCACAACAACCGUCCUGGUAUCCGAGCCCAAGUGCUCCUACGAGCAGCUCCAACAGCAAUAAUGCGCCUCGCACAAUCAUUCAUCAGUACCCGUUGAUCUCUGGCAACAUUCCAUCCAAGUUUCAGCUGCAACAGCAGCAACAUCAGCCACCGUUCGAGUUGCAGAUGGCAACGGCAGGAACGGGUAAGUAUGGUACCAGGAAAAAGCUGGACGCUCCCACCGCAUCCAUUCUAUCGAACGGUGGCAGCAGUCAUUCGAGCACCGGACAGUCGCUGCAUUCGGCAUCGAACGGUGGUGCCACCAAUGGAGGAACGGGUAUCGCUGGCGGUAUACACCUAGCGGCGAAUAGCUCUGCCGGUGGUAGCAGCGGUGCCUCAACUUCGUCGUCUGCUGCCACCAAGCGGGACGGUGCGGAGAAGAAUAAAGUAAAAUUUUCUGACACCGUAACGGUUGCCGUUGUACCGGAAAUACCUCGUAAAGAGAAGUUGCUCGUCGAGAAGCUACGUAAACAACCGAUGCCACCGGGACCGGUAGGGUAUGGACCGUUUUCCAUUGCCGAUCCAAAGCGUGAGCUGGCAGAAAGUUUACCCCUGUGCCAUCCGAACGAGGACUAUUUGAAGGAUUUUACACCGAUGCAAGAGCUUAUCAGCAACGGAAAUGGUGAAAUGGAGAAAAAAGAGGAAGAGAAAAAAAUUCCAAAUAUCAAGGUGGUUCACUUUGGUGUAGUAUGACAACCGUAUCCGGGAUAUGGGGAGAGCCCGUGGCUCUAGCAAAGCAGUAUUCUCUGUUUGGUUUUAUAGGUGUACUUUAUCAGUGUAUUAUUUUAUUAUUAAAAUCAAUUGUUAUCCAUCCGUCCAGCAUGUGUUAAUCAUUCCAGUUACAGAACAAGAAUAUUAUUAUGUUUUCAGUUGUAUAUUUAUUGUACUUAAACCUAGGAGUGGUAGAGAAAGCAGACGUUUAGGCUGAUAGAUGCAAUAAUAAAUUCCUCUUAUUGGGUACGAAUAUGCCUUAAAAUUAA